GCGCCCACUGUUUACUAGCGGGCGGGGGAAAGGCAGCAGCAUGGCCAGCGUGCUGUCCCGGCGCCUUGGCAAGCGGUCCCUCUUGGGAGCCCGGGUGUUGGGGCCACCUGGGGCUGUCCCACCCUUGGAGCCGCAGGCAGAGCUGCUGGAGGGGGCGGCUCCCCAGCCCUUCCUUGCCUCUAAGGACACGUCCUGCCAGGAGCAGCCCAAGGAAGUGCUCAAGGCUCCUGACACCGCAGGUCCUCAGCCAGUGGCCUUUCAGCCUGGGCAGAAGGUUUGUGUGUGGUAUGGGGGUCAAGAAUGCCCAGGGAUGGUGGAGCAGCAUAGUUGGGCAGAGGAUAAGGUGACUGUCUGGCUGUUGGACCAGAAGUUACAAAUCUGCUGCAAAGCGGAGGAGGUGUGGCUGGCUGAGCUGCAGGGCCCCAUCCCCCAGGCGCCACCUCCAGAGCCUGGAACCCAGGCACCAGCCUACCGGCCUGUCUCCAGGAACAUUGACGUCCCAAAGAGGAAGUCGGAUGCCGUGGAAAUGGACGAGAUGAUGGCGGCCAUGGUGCUGACCUCCCUGUCCUGCAGCCCCGUUGUGCAGAGUCCUCCCGGGGUCGAGGCCAACUUCUCUGCUUCCCGCGCCGCCUGUGACCCGUGGAAGGAGAGUGGCGACGUGUCAGACAGCGGCAGUAGCACCACCAGCGGGCACUGGAGCGGGAGCAGCGGUGUCUCCACCCCCUCCCCUCCCCACCCCCAGGCCAGCCCCAAGUAUUUGGGGGAUGCCUUUGGUUCUCCGCAAACUGAUCAUGGUUUUGAGACUGAUCCAGAUGCUUUCCUGUUGGAUGAACCAGCUCCCCGCAAGAGAAAGAACUCGGUGAAGGUGAUGUACAAGUGCCUGUGGCCCAACUGCGGCAAAGUCCUGCGCUCCAUCGUGGGCAUCAAGCGACACGUCAAAGCCCUUCACCUGGGGGAUACCGUGGACUCCGACCAGUUCAAGCGGGAGGAGGAUUUCUACUACACGGAGGUGCAGAUGAAGGAGGAAGCUGCUGCCUUGGGCGCCCCCGCAGCUGACCUGGCUCCCACCCCCGGCAUGACCAGCCCACCCCUCGCCAUUCUCCCACCGCCUCCUCCCAAAGCCCAGCCCUCAGGCCCAGAUCACCCUGGCCUGGAGUCCUACCUGCCCUCUGGUGCUCUCAGCAAGUCAGCUCCUGGCUCCUUCUGGCACAUUCAGGCCGACCAUGCAUACCAGGCCCUGCCAUCCUUUCAGAUCCCCGUCUCGCCACACAUCUACACCAGUAUUAGCUGGGCCACUGCCCCCUCCACGGCCUCCUCCCUGUCUCCGGUCCGGAGCCGGUCGCUAAGCUUCAGCGAGCCCCAGCAGCCACCCCCUGCCAUGAAAUCUCACCUGAUUGUCACUUCUCCACCCCGGGCCCAGAGCAGCGCCAGGAAAGCCCGUGGGGAGGCCAAGAAAUGCCGCAAGGUAUACGGCAUCGAGCACCGGGACCAGUGGUGCACAGCCUGCCGCUGGAAGAAGGCGUGCCAGCGCUUCCUGGACUGAGCGUCCAGCGCCUGCCCAGAGGCCUGAGGACGGAGGCAGGCGUGACCCAAGCCCUCAGCAGAAACUGCAAAGCUAGAGAGUGGACAGUGGGAGUUUGGGCUCUAUUGGCUAAGGUUUAAUUCUUAAAACACUUUCCCCUCCCUUGCGGGAACGUUUUAUUUUUUAAAAGAAAAGAAACAAAAAUAUUUUUUUUUUCCUCUAAAAUAGGAAAGAGCCAAAACCGACCAAGGGUAUUCUGCAGUGAACCAGAGACCAAAGAAUUGAUUAACCGUCCCCCCCCCCCCAACAUCCCGCCUCUAGGGGAUUAGUCUGUACCUACGGAAAGAAGGAGCAGCUCAUUCUGUUUCCUGCCGAGUUGGUGAAUUCUUUGCUCUCUCACCUCUUCCAGAAGGGACUAUGAGCAAGAUGAAUUUACUUUUCUUACAGAAAAAAAAAAAAAAAAGCAGGUUUCUGGCUGAUGACUCAGAGAGCAGGGCCCGCUGAGGAUGGGGUGGAGAGACAGGAGGGGUGGGUAUCAGUGUGCAGCCGGCUCUCUUCUCCACCCGAAUCAGCCAAGGGAGACCUUGUCCUCCCCAGGCGGCUUCCAUAGAAGUGAAAGGAAAACCCUUGAAUCCCCGUUCCCUCAGACGUUGGGUCGCAGCCCAACAGAUGGUGCGUGUGGCUUCUUCUCUAAGCCCAGACGCAUGCGUUUGUAAAGACUGUCCCCGAAGAGCUGAGCCAAAAGGCCAAACCGAAUUCACGCCUUGCAGUGUGGCAGUUAAACACUACCUUGAUCAGUCCUUUGCUCUUUCCUUGAGGAGAGGUGAGAGGGUGUAGUAUUGCUGAGAGCUCCCUGCCGUUCCCGAGUGAAUCAACUCCCUCCAGCUCUGGACGACACCUGGGGAACACCUGGGGAACGCUGUGUUUUCUGUCAUGGUGUAUUCAGAAGCCUCUCUCUGAUUAACGUUCCCUUUGUUUGGGUGGGAGACCCCUCCCCAGGGAAGGUACCUCCCCAUCUCUGGUCUCAGCAGGGAUCUCCCCACCUCCCUCCAAGGCUGCAGACAGGGUUGUCCAAGAGAACAGACGGAAAGGUAGGUAGCAGCUCCCACCAUGAGGGGAGAGCAUAGAGCGGUCCCCAGUUGGUCCACGGGCUCACCUGCCCCUUUGGGGACCAUCUCGUUUUGUAAGGUGAUGGGUAGGACAGGGCUCUUCAGGCUCUUCUGGGUUUUUACCAGUGUUGGUGCAGACCGUGUGAUGCGGAGGGCCGGUUGGAUAUGGUGUCACCUUCCCAGCCAUCUGCUGGGCACCGAGUCUGCCUGAUGGCAGGAGGGGGUGGUUAGAGUCCUAAGAUCAUUGAGGUGGACCUGGGGUUGCAUUACCAGCUGCUGGUGCUUCUGGAGGCCUCAGGAAUUGAGCAGAGCCUGGACUUUGUUGCUUGGGAGAUAAACAAAGCUGUUCUGGAGGUGGGAGAUGUGGGGAGUUCUGUGCCGGGAGGGGUCAAAGAAUCAUAAAGGCCAGGUGAGCUGGACUGAAGGCAGGGCCCUUUUUUUAUCACAGAGCCUCACCUUUCUUCUGAGCUGGACUGGUCUGGGGACUCCUCAGGGCUUGCAUCUAGGGGUCAGGGGCCAGGGCCUCCCAUCAAGCCACUUCUCGGGGGCCUGAACGGCAGCGUCCAGACCUUGGCUGUGGUUGAGCUGUCCUCUUGGUCCCGCUGGGAAGAGCCUUGAGGACACCUUUCAGUCAGAGAUAGGAACCCGAGAAGAAUGGGAUGAUGUCGUGAAGGGCAAUAGUGAUUGGGUUUGGGGACAGAAGGGAAAGAUACUCAUAGGCAUGGGUGUCUUUGAUGGUGAUGGGGUAUAUUUUUAUAACUUAGUAAAAAAAAAAGAAAAAAAAAAAGUAUCUGGAAUUCUGUCCCUUGGUGAAGCUCGAAACCAGGCCAGCAAGCGUGCCUGGUUCUUCCUCCAGCCCCUUGAAUCUCCCUGAGAAUUAACCGCUAUUGCAGGGUGUUGCUGUGCCGAUGCCUCGCUCCCUGAGCUGGCCACUUGCAGGUCCUCCCAAGCAGGGAGGGGGCCUUUGAGACGGGGCAGCGCCUUCCCUUCCCUUCUCAAUCUGAGCUCUUGCUGGGCCUCGCCUUUUCGAAACGCUGUUUUAAUUCCCCCUCAGUUUGGACCGUGUAGAUAGAACUGGCUGUAAAGAUUGUCUCUGUCACUGGUGCACGGAGCAGAAAAGGGAGAAGGAAUUGAUGCAACAAUUUAAAAACUGAGGGUUUUUCUCUUUUUUCAUUUUUUUAAAAAAAUUGUCCUGGUGCGGCUUUCCCUGUCAGCAUUUGCUCCUGCCUCCUUUCUGGUGGCAGUGGCCUCCUCUGGCGUCCCUCCUCUCGCCGUUCUGUCUCGUAGCUGUCGUGUUGGUUCUUGACGUGUGGUUCUGUCCUGGAGUUGUCCCGUGCGUCUCUUCUUGGAGGGUGGGGGUGGCUUGUGACCUGGUCCCGUGAUCACGCCUGUUUUCUUCAUCUCUCUAUCUCUCCCUACUGCCCAGCCCACCUGGGUGGCAGGACCUGCUGGAAGGCAAGAUGCCUCAGGUGUGCGCUGGAAACUAACAGGACUGAUGGGCAAGAGCAGGUGCCUUGGGAAGGUCUUUCUUCCAGGGAUGUUACCCUUAUUCAGAAUAUUUCUGGAAAGUACCUUUGGAGUCUGUGGUGCCUGCCUUGAAUAGCCUUAACGAUCCUGCAUUUGCACCCACGCCUGUGCAUCACUGCACAGAGAGCCUGCAGUCAAAUGAGGUCAGGGGUGCAAAGCACAAGGCCAAGGGGUGAGUAAAAUGGCUUGAGUUUAAAAAUGUGAUUUCUAAGCCGGCCGUGAAAGCAGUUUUGUACUUUGAGAGAGCAUUCUGAGCAGCAUCUCCAUUGUUGCGGUUGGCCCACGGCUGGCCUCCUUGGAGGGUGUCAUGAAUUUGGAUGUGGAAACUCUGAUUUGUUUGAAGAAAUCUGUCCUGUUACUUUCUGGCCCUCCCAGGCUCUGACCUUACCAGGGGCAAAAAAAAAAAAAAAAAAAAAAA